AGCGGAUAUUGGCUGUGUUGUAUGUAAUUACAAUAAAAAAAAGAGUUCUAAUUCAAGGAUCGCGAACCAAGUUUAAUCUCGUCACACAAAAUUAAAGUCCUUAAACGUCACACGUAGUGUGUGCUUUCGUCACAAUAUUUGUCUAAAGUAUGGCGCUUCUCAUAGAGGUUAUACGAAAAUGAUAAGCUCCUCGAAAAUAAGUUUGAAAAGAUAAAGAUAAAAUAAGGCCAAUCAACUCUUCUGAAAUGAGCUGACCUUCCAUUUAAGAAUUACGUCAUAUUACUCAUAUCGGUCGUAAAAACACUUACACUGCAUUGUAUCGUGUAAAGUUAGAGCAACUCGGUCAACCGUUAGAGUGACAGUGACAGAAAUUCACUUCAGUGAAGUUUUGCUUCUCCUAGUCCUAGCGCCUAACAACUUAUUUGGCCUAGAUCCUCUGCCUCUACUCUUGUCAAAGAAAUUAGAAAGUAUAUUAAAAUUUAACCAUGUCGUCACCAGAAAAGAAAAUGACUUCAAAAGCUAAAAAUAUUCUGAGGGCCGAUGCUGAUCAUGAGAAACCAAAGAUCAGAGAGCGGGCAAAGACGAUAUCAAGUGCUGAUGAAUCUUCAGUUUUAAUUGCUCAUAACAUUGAUGAAGCGGCAACAGUGGAACGAAAAUCUAGAGCCAACAGAGUAUGACUUUAUUAUUUUUUUUAAUGAGGCCUAGCCUAGGUCUAGGCGCCCUAGCCAAAUGAAUUAUUAUUAGACCUAAAGUUUAGGCUAAACAUUACUAAAACUUUUACUAAAGCCUAGACUUAGUCUAAAACUAGGCCUUAGUCUUUAGACUUGGUUAAUUUAGCCUAUCACAUUUUAAUAAUUAAACUUGUGCAUUGUUAAUAUAAAUUUUAUUAAGUCAAAUUAAGUCUUCGAAAUUUAAAUGGUCUAGACUAGGCCUAGUGAAAUAUUAUUUAAUUUUUAUGUAUAAUCAACGAUUUUGACAGAUUAAUCAGCUAGUUUGCCUAUCAAAAAUGUCUUCAAGAGCAAUUAUGCCAUACUAAUACUAUUAUUUGGUUCUGCAUUUCAAAACUAAAUACUUAAUAACCUGUGGAAAAUAUAGCAAGUCAGAAUGAUGUGUAUUCUGCCAUUUGCUAAUCAGCGCAACCCUAAUAGAUACAUACAAUAGAUACAUACAAAGCAAGUUUGCUAAGUUAGCAAAAUACAAGUCUGCUAUCUUUAUAACCAAUGUCCAGAUAUUAAAAGAUUGUACUAUAAUAAAAUAUAAAACAACAGAUGAGUUAAAAAGUUCAUUAAUUUUAUUACAAGUGUAGAAUUUAAGAAAUGUUUCAGUCCUGUAUUAUAAUUAUAAGUUUUCACAAAAUUUAUAGGCCUAACUUGAAAAAUGCUUAAUAAUAUCUGAGGCUGAUGACAGGUGGCAAUGGGGAAAUAUAAAAUACUUUUGUAUUUUAAAGAUAAUAAUACUGGGGCACUGGUAAUGCAACAGAUGUUCAGAGCUUGCAGUACUUGCAGGGGAGAAAAAUUUAAAAAAAAAUAAACCUUGUAUUGCUUUUACUUUUGAAUUCAGUCUAAAAUGAUUUUAUAAAUAUUCUUUUACAGUAUGACCCCUAUUCAUUCCUUGAAAAUAUGACAAUACCGUUUGACUUUGCUAAAAUUGGGAAAUCAAAAAACCAGACUGUGGAGUCUCAAGUUGUUGAUGAAAGUAGUGUUGUAACUGGAGCUGGGGAAUCAGGUGUUAAAAAACCAAUGCCACAUUGUAAAGCAUGUACAGAUUUCAAAACUUGGAUGGAACUCACUGCACAUCCAAGAAGGGUUUGUUACCAUUACUUUACUCUAUACUGGUAUCUCUCAUUGAAACAUUGUGUUUAGGCAGCUCAUAGUUGACGAUUUUUAUUGAUUUUGUAACUAUUUUAAAUCGCAACCAACUCUGUCAAAAAGUUAUUCGAGACAUGAUAGUUUGAUUAUGGGGUGGGGUGGGGGGGGGGGUCAUAAACUUACUAUGUACUCCACUGUUUUUAGACUAUAUAUAUAUAAAUAUUCCUUUGAUAAUGGGCUAAAUGAGAAAUAUCGUAUAAAUUAGAAUAUGAAUACGAGGGAAUAAAGUGUAAAAAAACAAUAUAUGUUGAGCUUUCAUUAUGAUUACACAAAAUACAAUUUUCAAUGUUUUGCAAACCUUUAUCUGUACAACAAAAAAAUUAAUAUAUGUAUAAAUUAAAUUAACAUAAAUAUAUAUCCUACCUAUACCUAAAAAUGAAAGAAAAGAAUAAGAAUGGGCACGUCUCCCUAAAGAAAACAAAGUUCUUCUGAGUUUUGUUUUCGUUAGGGACUUGUGCCCAUUCUUUUGAGUUUUGUUUUCGUUGGGAACUUGUGAACCAUAUAUUAUUUUAUAAAGUUAUUUUAUACAUAUAUGAAUGUCCUGAAGGAGGCAUUUGCUAAAAGAAUUUAUUUUGUGUAACCAUAAUUAAAGCUUAAAAUCUUUUGUUUUAAUUACACAACUUAUUUGUGUCUCAUUAAUCUACUAAUUAGCUUUAUCGCAGUCCACUUUUAUAAUUAGUGACUAUAGUGCCCUGUUUGUUAGGGAACUAAGCUGGGCAGUGAGACAAUAGAUAUAGCAAAGCUGCUAAAAUGAAAGAAAUAGUUGGUCUUAAAUAAAUCACUGUACAUUCAGGCCUCCAUAAAUAACUUUUCCAAAAACUUCCAUCAGCUACUAAAAAAGAAAUCUAUUUAUUUUUAAAUCUAAAUUAAGCAUUAAGAACUAUACAUUUUUAUGAAAAUAAUGUCCAUAGAUCUAUCUUUUGAUCAUCAGAAUUUCCUGGGGUUUUUUUUUCUUUUUAAAUUAAAAGUUAUCAAGUUUCUUUUUCAUUGAUAAAUUUAAACGAUAGUAAUUAUAAUAAUUAGAUCUUAUGAAGUGGGGUAUAUAGUGUUUUCAAAUUUUUCUAGAACAUGAGCAGAGAAGAGAGGGAACAGAAAGAGUGUCCUCCAGAUUCUGAACUGUUGGGUCGUAACACAUGGGCUUUCCUCCACACUAUGGCAGCAUAUUAUCCUGAAAAGCCAACUCCAGAACAGCAGCAUAACAUGAAAAAGUUCAUUGCACUUUUGUCAAUGUUUUAUCCAUGUCAUAAGUGUGCUUCACACUUGCGUGAAGAGUAAGUUUCUAUAUUUGUUUUUUGUUGACUUUGUACCUCGCUUCGAGCCUUUGGGGAUGAAGCGUGUUUUUGAAAUGAACUUUAUUAUUAUUAUUAUUAUUAUUUAUGCAUGUGACAAGCUGCUCAAAAGUGAAUGAGAAAAUUUUAUUACUGCAUCAUUAAUAAAUGCAAUUUUAUAGUUGUUUCUGGUUAAAUAGGGCAGUCAUUUGAUAAAUAUGGCACAGUGACCAUAAAAAUUGAAUUUACUUUUCUUACUGUGGUUUUGAUCAAUAAAAAUUUAUGCAUAAAUAAUAGCAUGCUAAUAAGUAUUAUAAAGACAGUAUAUAUAGGGAUGUUUUAGCAUUGAGCUAAUCUCGACUGAUUAAUACCAUACUAAGAAACCAGGAAAAGUAGGUGUUUGUCAAAUUGUACCCUCUUCAAGUGAUUAAUCUUGGAAAUCAAUUACUGUAUUAUAUAUAUAAAAAUUCUUUUACCAAAUAAGGCAAACUUUUAACCUGUUCAAUGCUUUCAUUCAUAGAGUUGAGUUAACAAAAUAAUAUACAUAAAAUUAUGUACAGUAACUGUAAAUGAGCUAAAUAUCAGAAUCUAUUAAUAAUUAACUUAUAUUAACUGACUAUAUCUUUCUAUUUCUAUACUGUUAGUUUCAGUUUAUUAUAAAGCUUUAAAAAUAUUCAUUUUAAAAUUAGUUUUGUUUGUUUUAACUUCAGCUGAUUACUGGGCCAAAGUGCUCUGGUUACCAAUAGUAGUUGUGUUUGAUAAGAACCCCUGACAUUAAUAUAUUUAAAUGUUUGAUUAAUGUUGUUUCGUAUAGAUUUAAUUCCAAAAAUUUUUUAUGCUAUUAUUUAUUUUGCAGUUUGAAGACAAAUAUACCAGAAACUUGCAGUAAUAUAAAAUUAUCUGACUGGUUUUGCAAGCUUCAUAACAGUGUAAAUGUUCGUUUGGGAAAAGUUGAGUUUGACUGCUCCAAGGUAAGGACUCAUUAUUGCUGGUUUCAGAUUGUCAUUCGAAAUUUCAAAAGCUGUUAUGCACUGGUACUGAAGCUUAUUCAGCUCAUGGUUUUCUUGUAAAAUAUUAAGGCACAACUGGUACUUAUUCAAGUCUGUCUACAUAUUUGGCGCUCUAAUAACAAAAUUGCUCCUGAAAUAUAUUUUUUUGUUUAUAUUUUAAUAGACUUGUGUGUUUUUGUGUGACCCCUGUAAAAGUAUUUCUUAAAAUUAUGGUAUCCACAUUCCAUUUCCAUGUUUUAAGAUGCAAAAUAUUAGGAGUAGGAAUCACUAUUUUCUUUUUACUUAUGACAAUUUUUUAAUUCCUAACUAAUUUAGACAUAUCUGAUAAGAUGGUAAGACUACCAGUUCAGCAAUUUUACUUCAGGCUGUCAAUUUUUUUAUUUUUUUUUUUUGUCCCAAGAAAGUUAGCUGCUCACUGCUUCAGAAAAUGCCAUCUUGAUUUUAAAUUUAAAUCUAAAUAUUAUUUAUAUGAUUUUACCAAAUUUAUAAUUAUAUGUUUAAUAUACAAGCACAUCCCCCAUGACACAGAACCAAAUAGCAUUACACUUUUAUCCUGAGGUUAAUUCGACUAGUACUGGGGUAACCAAACCUUAUUAUUAAUCAAUUAAUCCGGUUAUUUCCUAACUGUUAAAACCUCAUGAGUUUGAUGGUUCUCUUUUUUUUACUACAGGCUUAGACUGUUCACGAUAUUACUGUACAUUAAUUUAAAUAGUGUAUGAAUUUAAAUUUCUGUAAUGACUUGAACAAAUUAAGAUAAAAUUUAAAGAAAUGUGUAGUUUGGCAAAUUUCCCAUAGAGCAGCAACAUAGCCGCCAGUGGAGGAGCAUUGCAGAAGCAGCUUUGCCUAAUAUUAUUUCAGAUGGGCAUCUUUUUUAAACUGAAAGUCAAAUAAGUUGCCAUUUUUUUCACCAAAGGUGCAUUUUAUCAAUUUAUCCUGAACUCUGAUAUAUUUAAUUUAUAAAUGGAUAAGAUGUCUACAAAUUUUCCUGAGUUUUGGACCCUCUGUCAUUUCUUUCACUGAUAUUCGGAUCACAUAACUCUUUGAUGUAAGGGAUAUACUGAUAUGCUCUUCAGUGGCAUACUUCUAGCGACAUUACCGGUAGAUUCAAAAUAACUUUUCUGAGCAACCGCUUAUCAUGUUGGCUGUCUAAUUUUUACAUUUCAAUAGUACUGGGUUUUUUUUUUUCUUUAUCCAAGUAUCUGAUUUCUUUUAAAUGUAUUACAUCUCAUUUCAGGUUCUUGAGCGGUGGAGAGAUGGUUGGAAGGACGGGACCUGUGACUGAUUUGUACUUUCUCUUUUUAGUUAAUCCAAGUCCAUAUUUUUUUUUUGCUGAAUAUUUAGAAACCAUUGCCCUGGUCAUAAUAUCAUCAUUGGAAAACCAAGAAAAGAAGAAAAAAACACCAUAAACCGGUAUUGAAUUACCUGUUUUUUUUAUGUUAAAUUCAAACAAAAAUCUCAGAUUGGAAUUAGGCAUUUGUUUACUUGAAAUUAGAUGUUCCUAAUCGAAAUUAUAGUGAAGAAAAUAAUUUAGGUUUACUCAUAAAAAUAGCUGUAAAAUAACAAUUUUAUCUGCUAAAAAAAAUCACAUAAUUUUAACUUCUUCUAAAGAUGCAUUAUUCAAAUUGACAUCACACUUGCAUUAACAGCACAUUCUCCAUACUGCUUUCUUGUUAAAGGCAAACUUUAAGUGAAAAAAUAAAAUCAUGCGUUUUUACAAAAUUCAAUGUUUUCUGAGGCUAAAAAUGUGUAAUUAUUGACCAUUGUAUAGUUAUCUUUAAAAUAUGAAAUUGCAUGGUAUGUGUGACAUUCAAUAAAUAAUUUAAUGAUACAUAUUUUCUUGUUUAUCAAGAGUGUGGCAUACCAGUAAUGUGUAUAUUUCUACCACUUCUUUUGAUAUCAUGGCUUACAUUGUUAAUUAAUUUUUUUUCAAGUUAAGAAAAGGUGCAUUUGUUUACCAAAAGCAUGGCAGUUUUAAUGGUGUAAUCAUUUCACCAUGGAAACAAUUGUCAUACAUUUUAAUAUUGUUUAUCUUUGGAAGGGUUAUAAUUUCAUUUUUUAUUUUAUUAGAUUUGGAAUUUUAUUUUUCUGAACACUUCUUUCAUCAAAUUUAAAUUUGUAACCAUGUGAAAUGUUGGUUUGCAAAAAUAAUUAAUUUAUUGAUCAACACCGGUAUUAAAAGAAUGUUUAGGCUUUGGUUUGCGAGAGCCAUUCAUUCAACUGGUUAAAUUUAAACUGACAUAUGGAACAGGUUGUUAAAAAUUUUUUUAAGAAAUGCAAAUAUAAAAACUGGUAAACCAGUACAAAUACAUUUUUUAAUAGCACAAUUAGCAAAUUUAUACAGAAGCAAAAUUUAUUUGAAUGGCGCACUGCUGUAUUCAGGCAUUGAUAAACUUAAGCUGUGUCUGACCAGUAUCUGUGUACACAAGGAGACAAUCCACUUUCCAGUGUACAAUAUUUAGUUGUAUGUCAUUUUGUUAUCAAAUGUACUGACUGUAUGCAAAUAAGAAUGAACCAUUUAAAAUAAAAUGAUUUUCCUA